CUGGCUGUGCAGUUUGGAUAUUGAGGGAGCCCCAAGUUAUAGGCGCUCCGCAAAACGAACCGUAACAAACUGCAUCGAAGGCGGCGGGACACUAGGCCUAGGAAAACCAUGGCUGCUGCUAAGGGAACAGCCAUUGGCAUCGACCUGGGCACCACCUACUCCUGUGUGUGGGUGUUCCAGCAUGGCAAAGUAAAGAUCAUCGCCAACAAUCAGGGCAACCGCACCACCCCCAGCUACGUGGCCUUCAUGGACACCGAGAGGCUCAUCAGCGACGCGGCCAAGAACCAGGUAGCCAUGAAUCCCCAGAACACUGUCUUUGAUGCCAAACGGCUGAUCGGCAGGAAAUUUAAUGAUCCUGUAGUGCAAUCAGAUAUGAAAUUUUGGCCUUUCCAAGUAAUCAAUGAAGGAGGCAAGCCCAAGGUAAUGGUGUCCUACAAAGGGGAGAAAAAAUCUUUCUACCCUGAGGAAACCUCUUCUAUGGUACUGACUAAGAUGAAGGAGACUGCUGAGGCUUUUUUGGGCCACAGUGUCACCAAUGCUGUGAUCACCGUGCCAGCGUACUUCAAUGACUCUCAACACCAGGCCACCAAGGAUGCAGGUGUGAUUGCAGGUCUCAAUGUGCUAAGAAUUAUCAAUGAACCCACAGCUGCUGCCAUUGCCUAUGGCUUAGAUAAAGCAGGGCAGGGAGAGGGACAUGUCCCGAUCUUUGAUCUGGGUGGAGGCACAUUUGAUGUGUCCAUCCUGACCAUAGAUGAUGGGAUUUUUGAGGUAAAGGCCACAGCUGGGGACAGCCACCUGGGUGGAGAGGAUUUUGACAACAGGCUUGUGAGCCACUUUGUGGAAGAGUUCAAGAGGAAACAUAAGAAGGACAUCAGCCAGAACAAGCGGGCGGUGAGGCGGCUAUGCACUGCCUGCGAGAGGGCCAAGAGGACCCUGUCGUCCAGCACCCAGGCCGACUUGGAAAUUGAUUCACUUUAUGAAGGCUUUGACUUCUACACAUCCAUCACCAGAGCCCGGUUUGAAGACUUGUGUGCAGACCUGUUUAGGGGCACACUGGAGCCUGUGGAAAAGUCUGUUUGGGAUGCCAAGAUGGAUAAGGCUGAAGUCCAUGACAUUGUUUUAGUAGGGGGCUCCACCGGCAUCCCUAAGGUUCAGAGGCUAUUGCAGGACUACUUUAAUGGUCGUGAUCUCAACAAGAGCAUCAACCCCGAUGAGGCAGUUGCCUAUGGGGCUGCAGGACAGGCAGCCAUUUUGAUGGGGGAUAAGUCUGAAAAGGUACAGGACAUUCUUUUGUUGGACGUGGCUCCCCUGUCCUUAGGGCUGGAGACAGCUGGGGGUGUCAUGACUGUCCUGAUCAAGCGCAACUCCACCAUCCCCACCAAGCAGACGCAGAUCUUCACCACCUACUCAGAUAACCAGCCCAGCGUGCUGAUCCAGGUGUACGAGGGCGGCGAGAGGGCCAUGACGCGGGACAACAACCUGCUGGGGCGCUUUGAUCUGAGUGGAAUCCCUCCUGCACCCAGGGGAGUGCCCCAGAUCGAGGUAACCUUUGACAUCGAUGCUAACGGUAUUCUCAAUGUCACAGCCAUGGACAAGAGCACAGGCAAGGCUAACAAGAUCACCAUCACCAAUGACAAGGGCCGGCUGAGCAAGGAGGAGAUCGAGCACAUGGUUCUGGAUGCUGAGAAAUAUAAAGCUGAGGAUGAGGUCCAGAGAGAGAAAAUUGCUGCAAAAAAUACCUUAGAAUCCUAUGCUUUUAACAUGAAGAGUGCUGUGAGUGAUGAAGGUCUACAGGGCAAGAUUAAUGAGUCUGAUAAGAAGAAAAUACUGAGUAAAUGCAGUGAGGUCCUUUCAUGGCUGGAGGCCAAUCAACUGGCUGAGAAAGAUGAGUUUGAUCAUAAGAGAAAGGAGUUGGAGCAGGUGUGUAACCCAAUCAUCACAAAGCUCUACCAGGGAGGAUGCACUGGGCCUUCCUGUGCAACAGGGUAUACACCUGGAAGGGCUGCCACAGGCCCCACCAUUGAAGAAGUAGAUUAAUCUUUUCUGGAGCUGGAGGGUUUUAGGGUGCCUCUAAGAUGAAUUUUGUUCCCCUCAUCUUUGAACAUGGUUAUGAUUCCUGAAUUGACUGGACCUGAAGCUAAGUUACCAUCCCUUUUGGAUUCUGAUAGAGGAGUCUUAUAUACCAUCUUUUCACACUCCAACAUCCUGUUUCUGACUCUGGGUUGAGACUCUUAGGAAAACUAGGCCUCUCUCUGAACCAUUUGAAGAAUUUGAAUGUCUGUUAUUUAUUUCCAGCCUCCCCAACUUUAUUCUUCCUGUGUGGAUGGUUAU